AUGUUCGAAUCGCGUAGUGGUUAUCGCCUCCUCAGUAAAGCGGGCACGAACGAGGGCACUGGCGAGGAAGGUGAGGAGGCAGCAGAAGAAGUCUACUCCGGCGGGCAGAACGCAGUUGCUGCACCCUGUCGCACGUCUCUCUGGCCUCUGUUCAUCUGCCUUCUUUGCACUGUCGUGAACCUCGGCCUCUUCCACGCAUCCUUAACUCAGUCUCCUCCUCCCGCACCCACAACUGCUCUGACUAGGCAAGAUAUCUUCAAACUUCGACGACCAUCCCAGUAUAUCCGUCUUCAUGAGAUUCCUCGACCUUCGCCGCCCGUAGACAGGCAAUUCAACAAUUAUCCCAUCGUCGUCGCGCAGAUUGACUCGGCCUCCCCGAACAAGGUUAUCGACGAUGCCGCCAAUCGGCAUAUGGUCCAUAGCGGUACCAUCGUCCCCGAAGACGUCCGCGUUUCCACCAUCGUCCAAUUCCGCGCUAUCGACUUUGGCAUGGAGCGGUGCGAGCUCCAGCUGACGACCAAGCCACAGACGUCCGCCAGUAUCUCCUCUAAGCCCUUCACGCUGGAGAUCUUCCGCCUCAAUUCCACCAUUCCGCUCGACGCGCGCGCGCUCACGUACAAGACGCGGCCGCCUCACGUCUCGAAGGUGGCCGCGGUACAAAUGAACGGCGCCGUUGAUACGCACUGGCAUCGCAGCUUUGGAUGCGCGUCGGACGAAGUCCUCACGUUCGAACUGGCGUGUCAGCCGACGCUGGAUGAUGGAGAAUGUCGUGUUGAGUGGUGGCAGAACAAGAGCGACCCUCCGACAGGUAAGGGAUCAUUGAACGAGCGUUGGGAUGGCGAGCUGACGCCGUUCCGUUUGGCAGCCAUCUUCGUCAGACAACACGCGACUGUGUAG